CAAUGGCUUUGUUCCUCGUCUUCUUCACCACUCAAAGACACAAUCUUUUGAAUUUUCCACUUCCCUUUGUUUCAUCAUCAUCUCUCUCUCUCCCUCCUCCACCCUUCUCAUCCCAUGGCUUACAAUAUCACCCGCCACGAUGCUCAGUCCGCCGCCGAGAAAGCCGUAUCAGUGAUCGGAUUAGGCUAUGAUCUCUGCUCCGAUGUUCGUCUCUCUUAUUGUAAAGCUACACCAGACGGGUCUAGGCUAGUCGAGAUUGACCCGACCCGGAACCGUGACUUGUAUUUCCCUGGUGGGAUCGUUGUUAAUAACGUCUCCAGCUCGAUUAAGUGCGAUAAAGGCGAACGUACUCGGUUACGCUCCGAUAUACUCUCUUUUAAUCAGAUGUCGGAGAAGUUUAAUCAAGAUAUGUCUCUGUCUGGGAAGAUACCGUCGGGGAUGUUCAAUACUAUGUUUGAUUUUAAUAGAUGUUGGCAGAAAGAUGCGAGCUCUGUCAAGACUUUAGCUUAUGAUGGAUGGUUCAUUAGUUUGUACAGUGUAGAGCUCGUUAGGUCGCAAGUUACUCUACGUGAUGAAGUGAAACGUGAGGUUCCUUCUUCUUGGGACGCUGCUGCACUUGCUGGGUUUAUCGAUAAAUAUGGUACUCAUAUAAUUGUUGGAGUGACAAUGGGAGGCAAAGAGGUUAUUCACAUGAAGCAGCUGCGUAAUUCGAAUCAUGAGCCUGAUGAAGUCCAGAAACUGUUGAAGCAAUUGGGUGACAAAAGAUUUUCUGCUGAUCCAGUUGAAAGUAUCUCUCCUGCUGCUGUUUAUUCCGGAAAGCCAAAUGAGGGGAGCCCUCUCCAGUGGGGAUUUCAACCAUUGAAUGCCUCGGUUAGUCGCCCAGUUAUCUUGCGCUCCAAGAACGAGGAGAUGGUGAGCAUUUGUGUCAGAAGAGGAGGUGUUGAUGUGGGACAAAGUCAUGAUCGAUGGCUCUCAACAAUUUCACAAUCACCUAACGCCAUAUCGAUGUGUUUUGUUCCUAUAACUUCACUCUUGAGUGGUCUCCCAGGAACAGGAUUUCUAAGUCAUGCGGUGAACUUAUACCUUCGAUAUAAGCCACCAAUAGAAGAGUUGCAUCAGUUUCUUGAGUUUCAACUUCCACGCCAAUGGGCUCCUGUUUAUGGGGAUCUCCCUCUCGGAUUACGCCGGAGAAAACAGAGUUCUCCGUCCCUUCAGUUCUCUUUGUUGGGUCCAAAAUUAUAUGUCAACACGUCAAAGGUUGAUUCAUGCGAGCGGCCAGUAACUGGACUACGCUUCUUCCUGGAGGGGAAGAAGGGAGAUCAUCUGGCAAUCCAUUUACAGCACCUCUCUACAUGUCCACCAAGUCUCCAUCUCUCACACGAUGACACCUAUGAACCUGUCGAUGAACCAGAUGAAAAAGGGUAUUAUGAACCCGUGAAAUGGGGAAUAUUCUCACACGUUUGCACCUUCCCAGUUCAGUACAGCGGAGCACGGGCUGAUGACACCGCCUCUAUUGUAACCAAAGCCUGGUUAGAAGUUAAAGGAAUGGGGAUGAGGAAAGUUCUGUUCUUGAGGCUCGGUUUCUCACUCGAUGCUUCAGCUGUUAUACGUAAAUCAUGCUGGGAUAAUCUCUCAUCAAACUCUCGCAAAUCAGGUGUUUUCUCGAUGAUUAGUACAAGACUAAGCGCGGGUUUAAGUCCAAACCCGGCAACAACAAAGCCACAGUCUAAGAUUGAUCUAAACUCUGCAGUGUAUCCUAGGGGGCCAUCUCCGCCUGCGAAACCAAAGCUGCUGAAUCUUGUGGACAUGAAAGAGGUAGUGAGAGGUCCAGAGGAACCACCUGGAUAUUGGGUAGUGACUGGGGCAAAGCUUUGUGUUGAAGCAGGCAAGAUCUCAAUCAAAGCCAAAUACUCUCUGCUUACUGUUAUGUCUGAAGAUUCGCUUGUCUGAGAGAUCCAUGCACUCUGGAAAGGACAUGGAGGGGUGUCUAAGUGGGAACACAAGUUAAAGUGUGUCUGUUGUAUUUUUGCAGGUUUCAGAUUGUGAUUAGCGUUUGUCUGAUCAGGUGUUUUGGGUUGUGAAAAUUUUAUUUAUCUGUUGAUGUAAAUGUUUUCGUUGUAUAUUGAUAUUGUUGAAUUUACAACUAGUAUAUGUACACUCCUGUAGAACAACAUAUUUGGAUGAAACUGAAACGGUUUUUAUCUCUA